AUGACAAUAACAAUGAAUGAAAAAGAAAAAACCAAUAUCACUGGAAUAUAUUUAAAAGAUUUUGAAAUUAAAAAAACUAGUUUGUCAGAAACAAAUUGUUCUUCAGAAACUUCAAUUCUUCAAUUAUAUGUAGCUAAUUGGAAAUUAAACAAUUGUUUUCUCUCACCUUUUUAUAUAAGUAACAUCUUAUGUCUUAUUGAUUCUUUAAACUGUGAAACACUACUUAUUCAUGGAACACUUAUAGGAAAAAGAGCUUAUAUAUUAUCAGCAAUAAUAUUUCUUUAUGAUAAUUUGAAAAAUAAAAUAGAAACUUGUCAAGAAUUGACUGAAAAUACAAUAAAUGAUGCGUUAAUGGAGUUUAAUACAAUUACAAAAACAAAAAAAUUUACCAAAUUUGAAUAUGAAAUCAUAAUCAUUUCAUUAUUUGCACAUUUCAUUAAAAAAGGAAAUAUACAAAGUAAUGAGUUAGAACAAAAAUUAAAAAACCAAUUCAAAGAAAUUUAUGAAUAUUAA